AUGAUUUCUGAUUACAAUGCAAUGAAAGAAUUCUCUUUAGCAACGAGUACCUUUGACAUAUCUGUAGCUAUGUGGCUAGUGAUAUUCAUGUACAAGGGAGAUAAUCCCGAUUAUUGUCACAACCCACCAGGUAAUAUAUUUUAUUUAAAAUUCAACUCAGAAAUGUUGGUCCGUUGCGGUACGGAAAAUAUUUUACGAGAGUGGUAUUCGAUCAAUACAAGACAAGUCGAGAUCAAUGACGUAGUUACGUGGAGUUUAGAGAGAGGAAUUACUAAAAUAGUUCCAGAUUCUCUUUACGAAAGAAGACAUAAUUUACAAGGUCUGAUAAUGAGAGCUGUUAUAGUUAAGGAUUCACCAUUCACAAAGAUAAACAAGAAUGGCGAAUUAGAUGGUAUAUACGGUAAGAUAUUAAGAGAACUUUGUGUCACUCUCAAUUUUAGUUUCGACAUUGUCUCAGAAGUAGAAGAGUAUGGAAGAUGGAAUCCAACAACAAAAACUUGGUCUGGUGCAAUUGCAGAAUUAUAUUAUGGACGUGCUGACAUUUCUCUUUCAGAGUUUUCUAUGAGCAAUGCCAGAUUAAAUGCCGUUGACUUCACGCUUCCUAUUUUUAACUCCAAAGACUGUCUCUUCUUCGAGAAACCAGAAAUAUUCGUGAUUAAAUGGUCAUCUUAUUUUCUAACUUUCAAUCAUUCUGUUUGGAUUGCUAUGUUUGGAGUACUAAUUGCUGUAUCGAUUUUAUUGAUUUUUUUCAAAAAAAAAAAUGGAACCGAUUGUAGAAUAGGAUAUUUAUUAUCCGAUAAUUUUUUGGAAAUUUGGGGUAUAUUUUGUCAACAAGGAAUCGCAGAAUCUUCUGAUAGAUUUUCAUUACGAAUAGCAUAUUUUUCUAUAUUUCUUUUAAUUACCAUCUUAUCGGCUGCUUAUUCUGCGGCUUUGAUAAGUUUCUUAACAACCAUGAGCAACACCUUGCCCUUUGAUUCAUUAGAAACCUUCGUUCAAGAUGGUACUUAUCAACUUACUGUAUUUCGUGGUACGGCUCAUUAUGAUAAAUUUGCAAAUUCGGAAGAUCCGCUUGCAAAAAAGUUGAUGAAGUUGAUGCUAGAAGAGAACAAAUUACCCUUAACUGCAUUAGAAGGAUUUACAAAUAUUUAUAAAAAUAGGAAGCUAGCAAUCUACUCGUUCGACGGAAUGGAAAAAGUAGUAGAUUCUAAAAUAUCAUGCAAUGUGGUUCGUAUUGAGACAAGAUAUGUAAACUAUAUAGCUAUAGCUUUAUCUAAGCAUAAUCAAUUUACCGAUGUCAUCAAUUUUCAGUUGCAGAAAUUUCUCGAGAAUGGUAUGGUGAAUCGUUUAAAAAAUUCACCUUUUGACAAGAAAUCCAAUGAUAUGGUCAAGCAUCAACCAGUUCCUCUAAUCGGCGUACUAUCACUUUUUAUCUUCAUCCAAAUUGGUAUCAUUAUAAGUAUUUGCAUUUUGAUUAUAGAAAAAUAUUUUUGCUCCUAAAAGGAAGAAGACCUCAAUGAUACAUCAUAGCCUAUCGAUUAAAUCUACAAGAUUUUAUACGAAAAAGAAGAAAAAUAUAAAAAAUGUUAGAAAAUAUUCCACGAAUCGCAAGUGUACAUGCGUAAAGUAUUAACGAAAACGCCAAUACUUGUUCUCAACAGGAUUUAUAUUUUGAUUAUAACUUUCUAAUAAAGUAGAAACACGCAUAUGCGUUAUUAAACUUUUCCAUUAUUAAAAUAUAAAAUAGAAAUUUUUCAUUAUAUUAUACGUAAAUUUGUGUAUAAUACAUUUUCGUUAUUUAUUAAAUGCAUAUACCCAUUUUUUAAUUUUUUGAUUGUUUCGAUUUUUCAUUCUUGCACGAGGUAUGAUAUGCCUAUAUAUUUCAUAGUUAAAAAAAAUUAUAUCUGGCAUUUUUUAUAUAUGAGUCAAGAUUUUUUAUCAAUGAGUAUGACUGAAUCAACUUUUUUACUAUACAUGUUUUUCUAUCUGAUACAAGUUAAUCUGAUCAUAUCUACCUGUCAAAUAUCUUAUAAUAACAAUC